CAGGUUUGGUUGUGAAAGCUUUUCGAGCCAUUCAGUGAGGGGACAGGUCUCCGUGAUUUCAAAGUACUUUGUACGAAAUUUCAAGCUUCCGCUAUGUUAACGACACUGCAUUCUACUUUACCAGCACGACCUCUUCUCGUGCAAGUUGACUUUGAAGUUUCUGGAGAUGUUCACGGUUGCCUGUUCACGAAGUAUGCUCGAGACAUGUGUCAACAACUUGGUGUGAAGGGUUGGAUCCGAUUCUCCAGGUGGGGUACUGUGAUUGGCCAAAUUCAAGGCGAGAAAGACCGAGUUGAUGAAAUGGCUCUUUGGCUUCGUCUGCAAGGAAGUCCUGGUUCUAAAAUAGUGCGUUGUGACUUCAAAAACUGGCUGAUCGUCGACACCUACGACUUCCGGAAUUUCAGCGUUCGUUUUUGACAACACAUUUCACCCUUGUGUGAGAAACCAAUAGUUUCUGCCCUUAAAGAACACAUGAUAAAUCCUAAAUGCGUGAAAUAUGCUAGUCAGUAGUGUAUAAAUUCCUGCAAUUUAAACUAUUAAUUUUAACAUAUAUAAUGGCAAAGCUAGUGAAAGUUAACUAUAUUACAUCAAGAUACGAUUUUCAUUAAGAAGAAAUAUUUAAAGACAAAUCGAUCAUACAAGUAAAUCACUGUCCUUUCUGGUACUACUUUAUGCCGUAUUGAUACGUCUAUUUUCUUGUAUACUACAAAGUUUCUCUCAAAUCGUUAGCUAAUCGCAAUAUUAAAGGAGAGUCACGCGCAAGAAUUCGAAUAUUAAGGUUCGGGUCAAUGAAUUCAGGUUACUACUGUUUAUCCUAGAGUUUACAAUUACUCAAUUAUCAGGAAUUGAUAAAAUUAGCUUACUAAAAUUACAUAUAAAAGUAAGAUUAAUUAUUUAAAUUUCCUACAAUAAAUCUAAUUAAAAACUCAGAAAGUAAUAGAAUUUUAGCUGUGUAAACAAAACUAAAGACGAAUCAACAUAUAUCGAAAAAAACACCUGUGAUCCAUGGUAGUUUUGAUAAGUUAUAUGCCAAAACAAGUAAAAUAAAAUGCAAUUUUUAUCAAGUAUUAGUUUAAAUUUUGUGAUCAAAUAUUAUAUUUCAUUUUGUUUAGAGAUCUGUUUUGAAGUAGCUACAAAAGUAUAGGUGGUCGGAGUGCAAGGAUGGCAAAAAGACAAACACGUUUUCAAAUGUCCCUUUCUUUAAGUCAUUUGUAUAUUGUAAGAAAUAACUGCUUAUUGAAUUGCAAUAAUAAAGUUUAUCGCGGUUCCAAACA